AUUGAGAUUAAACGGUCGAUAUUUCUGAUCUCUCAAAACCCCACAAAAUAAGCACCAUGAAAAAAUUCCAGGACAAUGGAGAGCUGUCUCAAUUCAACUCUCAAUUAAAAUGAUAAGGUAUCUCAAACUGCUUGUAAAGAGAAGUAAAAGACCUACACGUGUAUCUAAAAUUUUCUGAUCCUUUUUCGUCAAAUUUCAGAGACAUAACCUCGAUCGAUAAAUGCUGUAAACCUAUUUACGUGUCAAGGGGCUUCUAUGUGUAUCACUCUAAAACCCUCAUUUGAGGUAUAUUCAUUGUGUAUCCAUCCUCCAUUCAUUUACACACGCAGAUAACAGGUACAGACAGGCAGGACCGAUUGAAUCCUUGACGGAAGCGAUGGCUAAUUUCAGAGGCGCUCCUACGCGUUAUGGUUUCUUCCACUCGGCGUCGCCGCCAAUGAGUGGAGGGUUUAUGGAUCAGGGCCCCCGCCAAAUGAAGGGGGAGGAGGAAGAAUCUCCGCCAUCGCAGAAUUUGUGGGUGGGCAAUGUGUCCGCCGACGUUACGGAGACUAUGCUGAAGGAAACUUUCGCAAAAUUUGGAGAUAUUGAUAACAUAACGGCGUAUCCUCAACGGAACUAUGCGUUUGUGUAUUUUAAGCAUAUCGAGCAUGCAAUAGCUGCAAAGGAGGGCCUGCAAGGUGUCCCUCUGGGCGGCAGCAAUCUAAAAAUCGAGUUUUCUCGGGCUGCCAAACCUAGUAAGCACCUAUGGAUAGGAGGUAUAAGUCAAACUGUUCCAAAAGAACAGAUAGAAGCUGAGUUUCUGAAGUUUGGUCCUCUUGAAGAUUUCAAGCUAUUGCGUGAUCGGAACUCUGCACUUGUUGAAUAUUCAAAUUUAGAGGAUGCCGUGUCAGCUGUCAAGUUUUUAAAUGGAAAACAGCUUUGUGGUGAUUCCCUUCGAGUUGAUUAUCUGAGGUCUCAACCAGUAAAGCGAGAAAGUGUUACAAACUCUCAUAUGCAUACAAUAGAGGUAAGGAAUGGCCGCUUCAAUGACCAGAGAACAUUUAUGGGGUCUACAGAUCUAGGACGAAGGAACUUUGACAUGUUGAUUUGUCCACCUGAACCUCCCCAAAGCAUCUUGCCUAAAGUACAGACUGCACAUGGACAUGAUGGUGGAAGAAAUCAAGGUGGCCAAAGCAAUGUUUUAUGGAUAGGUUUCCCUCCCUCUGUUAAAGUUGAUGAUCAAAGGCUUCAUAAUGCUCUGAUACUUUUUGGUGAGAUAGAACGGAUACAAAGUUUUCCAUCAAGGCACCAUGCAUUUGUCGAAUUUAGAAGUGUUGAUGAAGCUAGGCGUGCUAAAGAUGGGCUUCAAGGAAGGCUCUUCAAUGAUCCUAGGAUACAAAUUCUUUAUUCAAACAGUGAGUUUAUGCCUGUAGAAAGUACUAAAGACAGCGCAACAUUAAUGACUCCAUCAAGAGGAAUGCUCCCCCCUGAUACUCUUUAUAGGAAUAGUUCACAAUUUGGUUCAAAUGAAAGCUUGCGACCCAUUAAUCCUAGUAAUGCUCAAGGAAUAAACAUGCACGCACGUCCUGUUGGUCCAUGGGGUUUUCCUGAGCAGCACACAAUUGAGAGCAGAAUUCCUUUGUCAAGGUCAGAGCCUUUUCACAAAUUUUCAAAUACUAACAUAAAUAGUCCUAGACUUGGUGGUGGUUGGAAUAGACCACCCUCUCAUAUGGCUUCAGGUUUGAGGCCUCUUGGGCCCCUGCCAGGUGCUCGGGAUGGAUUUGAUGGAAAUGCUUCACUAAGGGAAUCAAAGAGGCCGAGAGUCGAUGAGGCUUAUCCAGUAGCAGGACAUUUAGAUAUUAGAAAACUGGACAAUGAUGCUACAGGGGCUCUUCCUGGUUAUCAUGGGACACAACCUGAUAGAAUAAUCUCAAAUUAUAUAAAUACGAGAAACAAUGAAGGUAAUAUGGGCUUCAGAGAAAGUCAAGGAUCACCUGUAAAUGGUAGCAAACAGGUUGUAGCAGGUCCAGGUCGUAUGCAACCUCCACCUCCUUCAGCUAGAGCCGGGAACUCUGGAGGCCAUGGAGAGCAUUAUGAAGUUGUAAGUGAGGAUUGGCCAUGGCAAGGUAUAAUAGCUAAAGGUGGAACUCCUGUUUGCCGUGCACGGUCCAUAUCUAUAGGCAAAGGCAUUGAUGCUAAAUUUCCUGAAGUAGUGAAUUGCUCUGCAAGAACAGGUCUGGAUAAACUCGCUGAACACUUUUCACAAGCAAGUGAUUUUGGGUUGGUAUGUUUUCUACCUGCAGGAGGCCAAGAUGUACAUACUUAUCAAGAGUUUCUGUACUAUCUUGGUUCAAAGCAUCGGGCCGGUGUGGCUAAAUUUAGUGAUGGUACAACAUUGUUUUUGGUGCCUCCAUCAGACUUUUCAGAGAAUUAUUUGAAAGUUCGUGGUACUGAUCGUCUUUUUGGUGUUGUACUUAAAUUUCAUCAGCUACCAAGCAAUUCUAUGUAUCAAAAUCAAUCUCUCAGAUUCCCGCAGGAACCUUCACAGCAGCUUGUCCAAAGACAGCAUUUUCCCAUCUCACAUGUAGAUCAUGGCACAAUGGCCUUAAAAGAGGAUCAAACUGAAUAUAACACAGACAUUCCCAGAUCAUUUUCGCCUGUGCACACAGGACAAAUUGCAACUCUGCAAAGUACAAAUGACUUGUCUGCUCCACAGUCACAGUCCACUGUUGCUCUGACACCUGAGCUGAUCGCGACAAUAAGCUCCCUUAUUCCAAAUGCCUUUCAAGCUUCUGGUGCAGGUUCUGGUUCAUUGGUUCAAGCUUCUUCAAUGAAGCAAGGUACAUAUGAUUAUAAUGGCAGUAAUGAUGCCUCAAACAGCAGAUGGCAGGUAUCUUCUCCAAGAUCAUCAGAAAUUUGGAGGCAACAUCAGCAGGUGCCACCAUUACCUUCACAUCAAUUAAUAUCAGAGCAAGGUACUUAUCAGCACCCUACUCAACUUAAAUAUCAAUCGUCCUUUUCACCAGUUGCCACCGUUUCAAUGCCAAGUUCUAAUAACACAACUGAACAAAGUGGACAAGGGGCUGAAGUAAACCCAUCAUUCCAAGAUCCCAAUACAAAGGUGCAUCAAUCUUCUAUGAUGUAUCAAACCACUACAAAUGAGCUUGCACAUUUGGCAUCAGAUCCAGGUAAAAGUAUGGAUCUGCAGAGUGAACAGCUUGCAAUGCCUUGUGGACAGGAAAGGUAUCAACAAGAAGCUCCCUUAAAUUCUCAGACAUCUUAUGCCCAUAUGCUCUCAACUGGGACAUCUGAAAAUAUUCAAUCAUUAGUUUCACCACAGCAGAAGACAAUGACAUCUAGGUCGUCUGACCAGUAUCAGGCAGGAGGUGGGUCCCAAAUAUUGCCAAGUAUGCAGGUAGGACACGAUGAAAUGAGCUCAGAACUAUCUAGUCAGGUGCAACAACUUCAAGGUAUCGGGGCUGCUUUGCUGGGCCAUAACCAAGAGAGUUCGGAAAGUGAGGCUGAAAAAAAUCUGAGAUAUCAGUCAACAUUGCAAUUUGCUGCCAACCUCUUACAACAACUUCAACAGAAACAAGUGGCAAAUAAAAGUGCUAUGGGAGGUACUCAGCAUCGGCAAUAAAGACGCGCAUCUACCAGUGUAGGUAAGAAUUACAUUGAACAAGUUCAAAUAUGAAGCUCCUUCAUGAAAGUUCAGUGUAUUGGAGAGAUAGUCCGAAGUUUGUUUGGUUCACUAUAAUGACUACUAGCAAUUGUAUAAUUGCAUUUUGACAAUUUAAAGGUGAGAAUUUUGACUGUUGGAGUGAUUGGUUGAAGAAGUUAUAUGGGAUAAAGUAGCAAAUGGAAAUGUUAAACAUCAACAUUGGAAUGCAAGGAACACAAGACAAAAUAGUUUUGGAAAGUUCAUAUUGACAAAAUUGUAGGUAUCAAAAAAUUACAAAGGCAUGAAUAGUUUUGGAAAGUUCAUAUUGAGGUACAUGCUAGGUAAGGAUUGCAAGCUUCAAAGCCUAAUAAUGAUAUUUGAGAAUAUAAGUAUGAAAGAUAGUGAAAAAUUUGAAGAUUAUUGUGUUAGAAUAACAUAUAUAGUAAAUAAGAUUAAGACACAUGGGAAGCUCUUGAAAUCAA